AUGGGAACCAUCGGUUUUUGGUAUUUUAUGACAUUCUCUCAGAGUCUGUUUUUCAUGGCCAUGGUACAACUGCUUUACAUGUUGAAAGCAGCAAUUAAUGGCAAAUUGAAAGAACACCAUGGAAUUGAAUCGAAAGUGGACGAUCGAGUGCUCCAACUCUUUCAGGAGAGUUAUGAUGCACGGUUAACCGACCUGAAUUUCAAGAAUAAAAAACUGCAGGAGGAACUCAAAAAGGCUUUAGACUCUCAGCGCUGCAUAAAGCAGGAGAAUGAGGGAUUGAAGAGAGAAAACAAGGACAUGAAGGAGAAGAUAAAACUUCUCAAUCAGACCUUGCAAGACCAAGAAAGUAGCAGUAGACUGAAGGAAAUGGCAUCUAAGAACCAGAGAAAGGUUCCAUCCGUGAGAACUUUCCUGGUGGCAGUCUUCUCAAUGGUCCUAGCCAAAAACAAAGUGCGAAAGCUUCAGACAGAUGUGGAGUCCUACCAGAAGGACAACAUCAAUCUAAAGAGCCAGUUUGAAAGUGUACACGCCGAAAUGGAGCUCUGCCGAAAAGAGAACUCAUCACUUAAGGACCAGGUUCAAUAUGCCACAAUACAGAUAGAAGUUGAGAGACGCCAUACGGAGCUCAAACUGACGGCUCUUCAGCGCAAGAUGCAGGAACUGGAGAGAGAGCUGGAAGGCAAGGAUAACUCCUGCAAGGCUCAGAUGGCCUCAUUGGAGAGAAAGGCACACAAGAGACUGGUGAAGGCCUCAGCUCUACAGCGUCAGCUGUAUGACAAGAAGGCAGAGGUCUUCUUUCUGCAUCAUAAGCUUAUGGACUUCAUGGACUGGGUGGCUGAGCUGAGGGGAACUAAGUUUGUGCCCCUGCCCCUCUACUCUCACAACCAGAAGCCCUCCCACAAAAGAGUGAGAGACGACUGGAGGGAUUUGUUGACAAAAAGCAGGCUUCAGUUGAUUCCUGAGGAACAAGGGGACUUUGCCUCAGAGCUGGACCCCAGAAUGGCCUCAGUCAACCAGGCCAUCAUACCCUGA